AAUGCCUGACCUCAAGUGGUCCACCCUCCUCGGCCUCCCAAAGUUCUGGGAUUACAGGUGUGAGCCACCACGCCCUGCUGGAGGUAGGGUCUUUAAAGAGCUGAUUAAGCUAAAGUGAGGCCAUGAAAGUGGGCCCUAAUCUGAUAUGAUUGUAUCCUUAGAAGAAGAAGAGAUGAGGACACAGAUGUACACAGAAGGAAGAGCACAUGAGGAGACAGGGAGAUGUCACCUAGAAGCAAAGGAGAGAGGUCUCAGGAGAAACCAGCCCAGCUUCCACAGUUGUGAAGAAAUAAAUCUCUGUUAUUUAAGCCCCCAACCUGUGGUACUUUGUUAUGGCAGCCCUAGCUGACUAAGACACAGCCCAGUUGGUUGGUUCUGACACUUCUUACCGCAGUUCACUGCAUUUUCUUCACUGAAUUGCAAUUUAUCUGUUGGCAUAUUGGGUUGGCCCGCUGGGGUGACAGGCCUGGCUUACGCACUUUUAUUAUCUCUAGCACUGAGAAACCCUGGCAUUGAUAGCUGCACGCGAAGUGUUUGCUGAAUUCAUGAGAGCUGCUCCUGCAGUGAAAGCUCUGCAAGUGUCCAGAGAGGGACAGGAAUCUUCUCUUUGGGCAGGAGUGAUCUUUUCACUUCACUUGCAAAGUACAUCAGAUGGGAAGGUAGCCCAGGUGUACAGUGUUGGGGAAGGGCCUACUGGAAGUUUCUUUCCUAAUUUUCAACUGGCUCUCUGGGAACCACAGUCAGAAGUAAAAGGCAGUGAGCAGAGGCAUUUGAUACUGUUCCCCCAGGACCUUGAAUCUACAGGACAGCAAGGUUUCUCAGUCUUGAUUCCCCAACCCUGCCCCAGCUCCACCUUAGUGGAAGAGGACCAGAGUCAGUGCCAAGGUCAGCAGAUUUCAGGAGCAACAGAAAACACGUUUCCUUGGGAGGAACGGCAUUUUUCUGAAUGCACUAGACAUCAGAGAGUAGUCAUUUGGAGAAGGAGCAGCUCUGGAUUGGUUAUUUUUAGGUGCCUCUGCAGAUCAGGGGUCCCGACCCCCUGGACCACAGACCAGUACUGGUCUCUUAGGAACUGGGUGACAUGGCAGGAGGUGAGUGAAGCUUCAUCUUUAUUUACAGCUGCUUUCCAUUGCUCGCAUUACCACCUUAGCUCUGCCUCCUGUCAGAUCAGCAGCGGCAUUAGAUUCUCAUAAGAAAGCAAAUCCUAUUGUGAACUGUGCA